UUACAUUUAUGUCUUUUUUCUUCUUCUUAGAUUUAAGCUCCAUGAACAAGUCAGCACACAGUGUGACUGAGUUUGUUCUCCUGGGAUUCCCUGGUUGUUGGGAGACACAGAUUUUCCUCUUCUCGCUGUUUUUGGUUGUUUAUAUCUUGACCUUGCUGGGGAAUGGAGCCAUUAUCUGUGCAGUGAGAAGGGACUCACGACUACACACCCCCAUGUAUUUUCUGCUGGGAAAUUUUGCCUUCCUUGAGAUCUGGUAUGUUUCCUCCACUGUUCCUAACAUGCUAGCCAACAUUCUCUCCAAAACCAAGACUAUCUCAUUUUCUGGCUGCUUCCUCCAGUUCUAUUUCUUCUUUUCCUUGGGCACGACUGAAUGUCUCUUCCUGGCUGUAAUGGCAUAUGAUCGGUACCUAGCCAUUUGCUGCCCACUGCACUACCCCACUAUCAUGACUGGGAAGCUGUGUAGAGUGCUGGUAUCUGUCUGCUGGCUCAUUGGAUUCCUUGGCUACCCAAUCCCCAUUUUCUUUAUUUCCCAACUCCCCUUUUGUGGUCCCAAUAUUAUCGAUCACUUCUUGUGUGAUAUGGACCCACUGAUGGCUCUGUCCUGUGCUCCAGCCCCCAUUACUGAAUUUAUUUUCUACACUCAGAGUUCCCUUGUCCUUUUUUUCACUGUGAUGUACAUUCUUCGAUCUUAUGCCCUGUUGCUCAGAACAGUUUUUCGCGUCCCUUCGGCAGCUGGGCGGAGAAAGGCCUUUUCCACCUGCGGUUCCCAUCUAGCUGUGGUGUCUCUUUUCUAUGGGACCGUCAUGGUAAUGUAUGUGAGUCCCACAUAUGGCAUCCCAAUUUUGAUGCAGAAGAUUCUCACACUGAUAUAUUCAGUAAUGACUCCUCUCUUUAAUCCCUUGAUCUAUAGUCUUCGUAAUAAGGACAUGAAACUUGCCUUACGAAAUGUCUUACUUGGAAUGAGAAAUAGUCAAAAUUCAUGAACUAAAGGCAUACCAUACUUCCAAGUUCUAAUAAAGAAUAAGGUGA